AUGGAGAUCACUUUCACUGUAGUUGUUGUUUUGCUUACAUUUACGAUGUCAAUUAACAGAACAGAUGGAAUCUGCGUCCACAAGUGGAAAAACGGUCGUUUCGUAUCCGAAGGUUUUUGUGAAAAUCCUGAUGAAGAAGAAAUUAUUACUCACCUAAAACUAAGAGCUGCAUCCGCUAAGAGGAGAGAUAAAGGUUCGUAUUGUGAUAAGUUAUUUCAAAGAGAUGCAAAAAUAUGGAAUGAAACUGGCGGGGUUUUCGAGGGUGAUGACAUCUUUGGGAAAAAAGAUGUUUAUUGUGACCAAACCACUGAUGGAGGAGGAUGGCUGGUAUGUCUUGAAAUUUUGCAUCAAUUAACUUCUUCCAACAGCUACGAACUGUUGAUUAACAUGAAGGAUUGGGAAGGAAAUAAACGCUACGCAAGAUACUCGAACUUUCAGGUAGGAAACGCAGCAUCCCAUUACAUCCUCUACGUGAGUGGAUACUCAGGAAAUGCUGGUGAUUCAUUUUCUUCACACAAUGGAUUCUAUUUCAGUACAAAAGAUAGAGAUAAUGACAAUAGCGGUGUCAAUUGUGCAAUGUUGUAUAAAGGAGCCUGGUGGUACAGAUCGUGUCAUUCUUCCAACCUUAACGGCCAUUAUUUUAUUGGAGGAAAUCAUGAUUCUUACGCUGAUGGCAUAGAAUGGGAAACCUGGAAAGGAUUUUAUUAUUCACUGAAAUUUACAGAAAUGAAAAUAAGAAUAAAGUUGUGAAUUUAUACUACCUCAUAAUAUGACUUUUAACAGAAGCUUGUCCAAAGUCAUUGGUAUGCAGUGCCACGUUAGAUAAUGAUACCAGAAAACAAGAGAGCCAUGCUCAAAUAUAUGAACACGUAGCGCCACAUAGUGGCAAAUUCUGGUGAUGU